UUUUGUAUUUCUUUCAAUUUUAAUAUUUUUUUUAUCGAAUUCUAAAGAUUUAAAUUUUGAAUUAAGGACAAAUAGUAGGAUGAGUAGUAGUGAAGAAGUUUCUUGGAUUUCUUGGUUCUGCACUCUUCGAGGCAAUGAGUUUUUUUGUGAGGUUGAGGAGGAAUACAUACAAGAUCGUUUUAAUUUGACUGGACUGGCAGAACAGGUGCCGCAUUUUCGUCAAGCGCUAGACAUGAUUUUGGAUUUGGAGCCAGAUGAAGAUUAUGAAGAAGGGCAGAGUGAUUUAGUUGAACAAGCAGCAGAGAUGCUUUAUGGACUAAUUCAUUCACGUUAUGUUUUGACUAAUCGAGGGAUUCAAUUAAUGCAAGCAAAAUGGAAGAAUGAAGAAUUUGGAACUUGUCCUCGCGUUUAUUGUGAAAAUCAACCUGUUCUUCCAAUUGGCCUUUCUGAUGUUCUUGGUGAGUGCAUGGUGCGUAUCUAUUGUCCAAGAUGUUGUGAUGUAUACUUGCCUCGAUCGAGUAAACACCAACAUACCGAGGGAGCUUAUUUUGGCACCGGAUUUCCUCAUAUGUUCUUUUUUGUGCAUCCAGAACUGCGCCCUAAACGUACCGCCAAGCAAUACGUGCCAAGGUUAUAUGGCUUUAAAAUUAGUCCUUUGGCUUAUCAAAUUCAGUAUCAUCAUGCAACGGCUGCAGCCGUUGGCGCACAAAAUUCUCAACAACAAACUGGGGGCGGUGGAAAUUCGGCUAUUGCUUCUCCUGCUGGUGCUCAAUUACAUCAACAUUUAUUGAAUAAUGGGGGUUUGGUGCGUCAAACAAAUUUAGUGGAGAAUUACGAGUAA